AUGUCCUCCGAAAAUUCGUUUGGACAGUUUGUCGCCAGGAAUAAGACUGCUAUCGCGGCUUCGGUUGCGGCCGGAGCUACAGCUGUAGGAGCAUACUACUACUAUCAGCAACUUCAAGACGCUAAAAAACCACCGGUAGAAAGCAAGAAGGAGGCCGAAUCCGAAUUGAAGAGCAGCAAGAAGAAGAAGAAGAGCAAGAAAAAGACACAAGGAUCGACUCCUAGCUACCCAGUGGAUGCUAACGGCGAGCCAGACUUAACCAAUGUAGCGAAUUUAACCUCGGAACAGAAAGACAAGAUCGCAAUGGGCCUGAAAGAUAAGGGUAAUGAGUUCUUCAAGGGCCAGAAGUUCGAAGAGGCCAUCAAAUUCUACAGCAUGGCAAUCGAAGUCAAGGAAGAUCCCGUUUUCUACUCCAACAGGUCUGCCUGUUACGUCUCUUUAGGUCAACAGGCAAAAGUUGUCGAAGACACAACCGCGGCUUUGAAACUGAAGCCGGACUACUCCAAAUGUCUGCUACGCAGAGCUUCUGCUAAUGAGAGCCUUGGCAACUUUGCGGAUGCCAUGUUUGACUUGUCAGCGGUGAGUUUGUACGGUGACUUUAAUGGCUCAUCGAUCGAACCAUUGUUAGAAAGAAACAUGAACAAACAGUCUAUGCUUGUACUUAAGGAAAAACUGGAAAAACAACAAAGUUACAAACUACCUUCCAACACUUCCUUGGCCUCUUUCUUCGGUAUUUUCCAAUCCGAAACCUCUUUUGACAACUAUGACGAAUCGUCUGAAGCAGACCAAGCAUUGCUAAAUGGGUUGAAGAGCUUAUACAAGAGAACUGCUGGUGGAUACGAUGAAGCUGAUGAAUUUUUCUCCAAGGCCAGAGACGCUUACAAAACUUUAUUGGAGCAAACACCGGAAAAUGCGGAAUUGAAGAAGAAGGCUGCCAUUGCUUUAGAGCAUGUUGGUAUCUUCAAAUUUUUGAAGAAUGACCCACUCGCUGCUCACGAAGACUUGAAAAAGGCCGUAGAAUAUUUCCCCAGACCUAAUUCUUACAUCUACAUCGCGUUGAUCAUGGCUGACAAGGGCCAAAGCACUGAGUACUUCGACAAUUUCGAAAAAGCUCUUGAGCUAGAUCCUAAUUGUGCUGCAGUAUACUACCAUCGUGGUCAAAUGUAUUUCAUCACUCAACAAUUCGAACAAGCCGGCAAAGACUUUGAAAAAGCUAAAGAACUGAAUAACUCCAACAUCUUCCCUUACAUCCAGCUGGCAUGUCUAACUUACCGUGAAGGUAAUUUAGAGGACAGCGAUACUUUGUUUAGCGAGGCUAGGAGAAAGUUCCCUACGGCCCCCGAAGUUCCAAACUUUUAUGCCGAGACUUUGUCUGACCAGGGCGAUUUAGCUGGCGCCAGAAAACAAUACGAUAUCGCUGCCAAGUUAGAGGAAGUCUUGGAAGGAAUUCAUGUCGGUGUCUCUCCACUAAUUGGCAAAGCUACCUUAUUGUCUAGAGAACCAAGCGUAGAGAACUUUGUUGAAGCAACAGAAUUGUUUGAAAAGGCUUGCCAAAUGGACCCAAGAUCUGAACAAGCUAAAAUCGGUUUGGCUCAAUUAAAGCUUCAGCAAGAAGAUAUUGACGAAGCCAUUGCUUUGUUUGAGGAAGCUGCAGACUUGGCUAGAAGCUUUGAUGAAAAAUUGCAAGCUACAACCUUCGCAGAGGCUACUAAGAUCCAGAAGAAGAUUAGAGCAGACCCCAUUGUGAGCGCCAAGAUUGAGGAAACCUUGGCAGCUUACCGUGCCCAAGGCAUGAUCUAG